GUAAAACAAGAAGAAUUUGAGGCCAUAGACAAUGUUUCCACAGUGAUGCAAUUUGUUCUCAUAGGAUUUUCUGACCUGCCUAUCCUCCAAGGGUUUCUAUUUGCAGUAUUUUUUGUAGUUUAUAUAAUUAUCCUGAUUGGAAAUUUCCUCAUAAUACUAAUAACCAGCAUGGACCCUGCAUUACAGAAACCCAUGUAUUUUUUUCUGGCAAAUUUUUCCUCUCUGGAAAUCUGUUAUGUGUCAGUUACAGUCCCAAAGAUUCUUUUCAACAUUGAGAAACAGGACAGAAGAAUUUCAUUGAUAUCCUGUGCUACACAACUGUGUUUCUUUCUUGUUUUUGGAACUACUGAAUGUUUGCUGCUGGCUGUAAUGUCCUAUGACCGCUAUGUGGCCAUAUGUAACCCUCUGCAUUAUCCAUUGGUUAUGAACCCAACAAAGUGCAUACAGCUGGCAGUAGGCUCCUGGCUUGGAGGCAUCCCAGUCCAGAUAGGACAAACCUGUCAGAUAUUCUCUAUGCAUUUUUGUAAUUCUAACAAAAUUAACCACUUCUUCUGUGACAUACCACCAAUUCUCAAGCUGGCUUGUGGAGACACUUCAGUGCAUGAACUGUCUGUCUAUGUGGUUGUUAUGGUGGUGGCUGCACUCCCCUUUAUACUGGUGCUUGCAUCCUACAGCAAAAUCAUUGCCACCAUCCUGAGGUUGCCAACAGCCACAGGGCGGGCAAAGGCCUUCUCCACAUGUUCUUCCCACCUGCUGGUGGUACUGCUGUUUUAUGGAACUGACAAACUGCUCUCUCUGUUCUACACCAUUGUGACUCCCAUGUUCAAUCCACUGAUAUACAGCCUUAGGAACAAGGAAGUGAUUGCUGCACUGAGAAAGUUAAUACUCCAAAAAUAG